AGUACCCCUGGCAGAACAAAACCCCUCGCUAAAAACAAGCGCCAGUACAGCACGGGGGAGAGAGAGAGAGGCCAACAACCAUCUGUGCGAGCAGAUCGACUCGUUGUCUCGUUGCAAUGGAGGCCGACAUGGACAUGAGCUUCGAUUUCUCUUGGGAGACGCCUAACUUCUUCGAGGCCCAGGUGCUGGAGCUCGGCGUCGUCGACAGCCUUGUUGAUUGUUGCAGUAUGUACCUGCCGGCUGAGGACUCGCUGUCCGGUCUGUACUCCUGCAGCUACGACGACUCGAGCUCGCCGGACGGCGCCAGCUCGUGGUCGACGGCCAUGACGAUGGCAACCCGCGCGAGCAAGAACAUAAUCAUGGAGAGGGACCGUCGCAGGAGGCUCAACGAGAAGCUUUACAACCUCCGCGGCGUGGUUCCAAACAUCACCAAGAUGGACAAGGCGUCCAUCAUCCAGGACGCCAUCGCGUACAUCGAGGCGCUGCAGGAGCAGGAGCGGCAGCUUCUAGCCGAGAUAUCCGACCUCGAACCAGACAACUGCACCGCCAUGGUCAAGGCGGAGGACGUCGCCUCCGUCGGGAGCCAAGCGGAGGAAGACGGCGUGGGCUUGCCGCGGCGGAAGAAGAUGAGGAGGACUAGCUCCGCCUCCUCCGUCAACGACGCCAUCACUUCCCCUGCCACGUAUCCGGUCGAAAUCCUCGAGCUGGAGGUGACGAAUGUAGCGGAGAAGCUGUCGGUGGUGAGCCUGAGGCACGGCAAGGCGCGGGACGCCAUGGCCAAGGUGUGCGGGGCGCUGCAGUCGCUCUGUCUCAAGGUCAUCACGGCAAGCGUCACCACCGUGGCCGGCAGCAUGGUCCACACCAUGUUCAUCCAGACGGAAGGGAUGGAUGGUGCUCGGACAAUCAAGGAGCUGAUACAGGUUGCACUCCACCAUCUCAAAUGAGAAGAAGCUCGUCAAAUCCAUGAGUUACUGAUGAUGUUAGUGUUGCAAACUAUGCACUAAUGGGCAUCCCAACUUCUACCUACAGUGUAUCAUGUUCACUAUAUCAUGACAAGAGAGGCCUAUGAGUCCACCUUAGUACUAAUGUCAUCAUCUAAUAACACCACAACAAUUGUAGUUAUUAAUCAUAAUCACUAGUAAAAUGGUACCGCAUGGGUUAGCCCGGCGUGGCACCAUAUGGAGCAUGGAGGUUGAUUUAGUGGGAUUUCUGCUACGGUCGGCAUGGGUGGGCUGUUGUACGGAGUAUGUGCAGAUUUCUUUUCAAUAUUCAAAAUCCUAACUAAAUAUAUUGAGGGUCCAAAUUACAAAUUUGUUUCAUCGUAAUGUUCCUCGUGUCGAUAUCUUUAAAAUUAGCUACCAUGUAAAUAGGUUCUGAUGAACUUUUAUUUCAUGAGGUAUACCUAUUACGGUGGUAAAGGAAUACUCAUGUUAGUUAGUUAGUCGGUCCGUGUACAUUGUUAGAUAUUAUGGGUCUUGGACCACUAAGUCUUCUAUAUCAGCCUAAAAAAAUUCUGAAAUCACAAAGGCCCAUUUAAGUUGCAUGGCAAGUGUGUAAGUUUAGUCUUGUACUACUACUUGAGAAACAUUAGCACUGAUAUAUAAGGUUAGGAGAUAUACUACUCCUUGUAGCAUGAGAAAAGAGUGCAACUACCUGCACGUUCAAUCUCACUCACUCCCCCACUUCAUGCCACGCAAUGCGCACGGGUCACAUCAUAUAUCAUCAUGUCACCUAAAUUGAGCUUGAGUUCGAGACAAUGUUAUAUGCCAUGUUGGAAGAAUUGAUAUUUUUCUAGGUAGUGCACCGCUAAAUCAUCUUUGGGUGUGCCUCUCCAAACUUGAGCCUGUUAUGGACAUCGUUUGCUUCCAAAUACUCCUUCCACCAUGUGUUAGGUGCAUUUCUACACUAGUGGAGAAAUGACUAGCCACAACUUUUGUUGGUGGAGCACCAUUUCCCACCAAUGCCGACACUAUUUUUUUUCAAAUAGUGCUGGCGUGUGCAUACUUGGUACGGCUGUGAUACGACCUUAGUGCUGUCGUAAAAAAAUUCUGUUACACCAUAGAUAUUUGCUGAGUUUUUUUUGCUUGCUACAUUUUCUUAUGGCGUGGCCCAUUAGGCCCAUGCCAGCACUAGUCCAUCUUCUAACUACCCUAUCCAGUCAAAAAAAAAUCUAAGUUCGAUUCACCCCACAUUGUUUUCACCUUCGCCCCCCCCUCGACCAGUGCCGCCUCCUCCUCCCGACCACGCCGCUCGUAGUCGUUGGACUAGUGCGUCAACCGCCACCUCUGGGUCAGGAGAAGAUCUCCCCUCUCCCCUCGCACAUCUUCUUCCCUUGCCCUAGCGUCUCCCUCCAGUGGCGGAUCUGAGCCAGAAAAAUAAGAUACUUCUUCUCUGUACAUGGAUGGACUGAUGAAUGGAUCAUGGAUGAAUUUUGGUACCGUGAAUAUGUAUGUUUGUUUGGUAGGAGUAGAUGCUUUGCUUGAUAGAUGAAUGAAUGGUGCUAGCUUUCUGAUAGAUGGAUGGAUGAAUUUUAGUACUGUAAAUGCUCAAUGCUACUGUGUAGGUAGAUGAUUUGCUAAAUUUGUAUUGCUAGUGUGAUUGCUAAUGGAUAGACAUUGUAGAUGAAGAAAGCCAAGAAUUAUAAUUAGAUUGGCGGUGUAGAAUUUGUUUAUUUGUGUCUCCCUCGACCGAUUUUGUUUAUUUGUGUAUACAAUUAGUAGUGUAAAAUUAGAUUUAGCAGUGCAGUAUCUGAUUAUAUUUAGUAGAAAUUGAUUUAUUAGUAUUGAAACCGAUUAUACUUAGUGUUUAGUCUAGAAUCCGAUUAUACUUAGUGUUCAGUACAUUUUGUUUAGAAUGGCGCAACUA